CAACCUGAAGAGGCCUAUUAAGCGAGAUCAAGUAAAAAGUAGGUUGGACUUUGAUGCCUCCGAUAACAUCCCAUGUAAUUCAGAAAUGGCAUCUGGCUCUGACAUGAUUUCUACAUCUGAUUCUGAGAAAGAAGGAGAUAUUUUUGACUUAGAUUUGCCUAAUUUAGAUGCUUUAGGGAUGGAUUUUAAUCUGUCUGAACUACUAGUUGAUUUUGACCUUGAUGGAGAGGGGAUUGAUUAUUCUUGCCAGCAAACAUUAGAUUCUUCCCCAGAUACUUUUUCAGGGUCACCUCAUGAGUCAGGAAAUGUCAAUGCUGAUACAAACCAGAUGACCUCUCAGAUUUCAUCUACAGUUACUGAAGUCUUUUCAGAGCAAGACAUGAAUUUACUAGGUUCAGAUUCCAUGACCACUAUGAAAUCAGUUACCAAAUGCAUCAAAAUUUUAAGUCCUGUUAAAAAUAUCGGAAGCUUGAGGGAUUAGGAGAGCUUUGUGCAAGAGAUUGACUGAACUCUUACGCAGAUGAUUACUGAGGCUGAAAUGCCAUAAUUGAUCACAGUUGAGUUGACUGGAUUUAUGCAACCCCAACAAAUUUACCUAACUAGUUUCACAUACUAACUGUCCAUUCAUUAGCAAAAGGGUGUAUGGUGUUGGAUUAUGAUUUAUUUUCCAUAGAAUUAACAGCUCCAGUCCUAGUUAGAAUAUUGAUUAUAUAUAGCUUAUGGCUAAGCAUAUUAGGAAUUUGUAUAAAUUUAUUUGACAUGAACAAGCUUAUAGCAAAUUUGAUUAUGAGAAACAUCUGAUUAUCUGGAGAAAGAAAUUUGGCAUUUUGAUAUCUUGAUGUACAAAACAAAGUCUCUGGAUGUUGGAUCAUGUAAAUGCAUUCACUCCUUUUCUUACAGAGAGUGAAGAUC